GUAUAGUAUCGAGUGGCCAAUAGAAACUAGCCUUACAGGCAAUGUUUGGGUAGCGUGAACAGAGAAGGCCGGCAUCUUUACUGAGGUUGAAACACGCUGAUCGAAAUAGAAAAGAGUAUUUCUGUCUUCUAACGCCAGAUAUUGGAAAAUGGCGUCAGAUGCCGUGGGGAAGGCAAGGAACCAUCUCUUUAAAAACAAAGGAAAAGAUGCAGAUGAAAUGAGGCGGCGAAGAACUGAAGUUACGGUUGAAUUGCGAAAGAACAAGCGUGACCAGCACAUCUUGAAACGGCGAAAUGUUCCAGCACAGGACAGUACUGAUUCUGACGAUAGCGAGAAACCCACAAGUCAGUCUUUGCAGACCAUUGUCCUGAAUGCCAACAGCCCUGAGCCCACAGUCCAGCUGUCAGCUGUUCAGGCUGCUCGGAAGCUGCUGUCCAGUGAUAGAAAUCCUCCCAUUGAUGACCUCAUUUCUUCUGGCAUCCUUCCAAUUCUAGUGAAGUGCUUGGCAAGAGAUGACUGCCCAUCUUUACAGUUUGAGGCUGCCUGGGCCCUUACAAAUAUUGCUUCAGGAACAUCAGCCCAGACACAGGCAGUUGUCAAUGCAGAAGCUGUGCCUUACUUUCUUCGGCUGCUUCAGUCACCACAUCAAAAUGUCUGCGAACAAGCUGUAUGGGCUUUGGGAAAUAUUAUUGGUGAUGGUCCCAGUUGCCGUGACUAUGUGAUAAGUCUUGGAGCUGUGCAGCAUCUCCUGAACUUUAUUAAUCCAAAUAUUCCCCUGCCCUUCUUGAGGAAUGUGGCAUGGGUGGUGGUGAACCUUUGUCGCAACAAAGAGCCACCCCCUCCAACAGAAACAAUUCAGGAGAUUCUGCCUGCCUUGUGCCAGUUGAUCCACCAUACCGAUGUCAAUAUUUUGGUAGAUACAGUUUGGGCGCUGUCAUACCUGACAGAUGGUGGUAAUGAACAGAUUCAAAUGGUCAUUGAUUCUGGUGUUGUUCCUUUCCUUGUACCUCUGCUUAGUCAUCAAGAUGUUAAAGUACAGACAGCUGCUUUGAGAGCUGUAGGCAACAUAGUAACAGGCACCGAUGAGCAAACUCAAGUUGUUUUAAACUGUGGGGCGCUGAACCACUUCCAUGCUCUUCUGACACAUCCGAAGGAGAAGAUCAACAAGGAAGCUGUAUGGUUUCUUUCAAACAUAACUGCUGGCAACCAGCAGCAAGUACAGGCUGUUAUAGAUGCUGGGCUCAUUCCACUUAUCAUCCAUCACUUACAUGGGAGCGAUUUCCAGACCCAGAAGGAAGCAGCUUGGGCUAUCAGUAAUCUUACAAUCAGCGGGAAAAAAGAACAGGUGGCUUAUGUGGUAGAACAAGGAGUUAUAGCCCCUUUCUGUAACCUCCUUAGUGUCAAAGAUGCACAGGUGGUUAAUGUGGUGCUCGAUGGCAUCAACAACAUUCUCAAGAUGGCAGGAGAUGACUUAGAACCUAUUUGCCAGAUGAUUGAAGAAUGUGGUGGUUUGGACAAAAUUGAGAGCUUGCAAACACACGAAAAUGAAGAUAUCUACAAAUUAGCCUAUGAAAUUAUUGAUCACUACUUUUCUGAUGAGCAAGAGGAGGAAGCACUUUUGCCGCAGACUUCUUCAGAGGGCUACCAGUUUGACCCACAAGGACAGAUUCCAUCAGAAGGCUUCAAGUUUUGACAUCUGCCUUUGGUCAUAAUACUGUCCCAUUAGUAGCAGAAGAAAGAAGUAAGUGAACGUUAACAAGAGCACUGGCCUGGAUUGGAGCAACUCAGGUGUAUGGCAGUCUGCUAAGUAAUAUGGGAUUGUUAUAGGCAACCUGUGCUUGCUGCUCUGCAUACAUUCACACCUGCAUGAAAAAGAUGAAACUCACCUGUUUCAUUGCUCAUGAGUUGAGCUUGAGCUCUCGAGUUUUUAAUUCUGAAUUAUUUUUUUUAAACAUGGUGUUUAAUUGCAUUGGGCCAAACUUUCACGCUGGCAGAGGUACCAUAAUCGUCAGACCCAUCACACAUCGCUGGUGCCAACCAAACCACUCCUUCAGUGAGAGACUUAGUGGAUGUUUCUGAUCCACAGAAUGUCAUCUUUACUAUGCUUGUUCAUUGCUGGAUUACUUUUAUACUGCUAAAAUGGUGUUGGAACUGGUUCAUGCAAAAAAUGAUUUCAUGCAAUGUGAGACACCCACCCUGAAUUUUGAAGAAGAAAAACUGCAUAUGUGACUUUUAAAAGCUGUCUGAAAUACUUGUGGUAUUUUAAGCAGGCAUCCGUAUAGUGCCAGAUGCCAGCUAAUCUUGUCAUAGUAAUUGACAACAGCAUUUCUUGACCAUAUGGCAAGUGAUGUAUUGAUACUGCAUGUGGUUCCAUUGGCGCUUGCAUUACUCUCUGAGAGGUCAGAAGACAGAAGGUGUGCUUUUAAAGACCUGAAUGUGCAUGAUGGAUUAUAAUUCCUGCUUCCAGGUCUGAUAUAUAAUCCUAAAACAGCUACAGCAGCCACUGAUUUGACAUCUGCCAUAUCCUGGGAUGUGAGAAGAUUAUCCAGUUACUGCAGUUUUGGGCUUUUUGUUUGAUGACAGAGUUGGUAGCCAAAAUUUAUUUAACAUUCACCUGCUGUGUGCACUUGCCUGCAGUACAUCUGUUGUUUUUCAGUGGCUAGCUCUUGCAUUGUCUUGGUAAGUGUAGUUUCCUUCCUUGAAUCAUUAUGUAACGAUUAGAUUGUGCAAGCCUGCAAGUCACAUUGUUGUUUUAGAUUUAAAUUGAUUCUGUUACAAUCAACACCACAUUUGCGCUUAGGAUUUAUUUUUGUACUGGCAUGUACUUUAAACUGGUUUUACUUCAGGGACAGUAAGCAGACCCAGAAUAUGCACUGUAUGUUGUACAGUGGCUUGUACAAGACCAGAAAUAUGUGACGUGAUGAUUAUUCCCCACGGAAAUUGUUAGAUAGGUUGGCACAUCUUUAUUUCAAAUGCCACCCAAUCAGCUAUAAAUAGCUUGUGAAAUACCUAAACCUAAGGCAGAAAAGGUUGAGUACUGAUUUAUACAGUAAUCAUUACAUUUGUGACAUUAGUCAUAGGAUCAGUGUUCUUGUGUUUAGACCAGGAAAUUAGAUUGAUUCAACUACAUGUUGAUGGGAUAUGGUGGGCAAGAUACUUGUAUAUAACUGGUUUUGUAAAUGAUACAGAUGGAAAGGAUUUGUGUAUAAUGGUAAACUGCUUAGAAAAUUAUGCACAGAAAAAUUGCAUUAAAAAGAUUUCACAUCAGGAAAGAGUUAUGAUUCCUCUAUUCAUUGUUAAAAAGCAUUUUAAAUGUAGAUCUCCCUAAGCUUGGUUAUCAUUUAAGCAUUAUCUUACUGCACCUUUGUCAGUUGCUGCUGUAAGGCACAAUAUUGUCAGCCACGAAAACUUCAAAAAGAUUGUUUUAUUUGGAACACUUGCAGAAAUUUUUAAAUGUCUGCUGUUCAUUCAAAAGUAUCUUCAGCUGUGGUCUGUUUGUGAUCAAGCACAUAGGCACGUCUUAAGGCUUGUGAAUGUUUCAACAAACUGCAGGACAUCAGAUCGUGUGUAAGAAGGUCUAUAAUGUGUGCUGGGAAUCAGUUUUAAGGGGUUUUACUUCCUGUGACGAUUUUUCUUACAUCCUUUUUCCUGUAUCAUCUGUUAAGAGUAAGUCCUGGUUUAUAAAGUGUGCAAGAGAGUGAGUGCAUGCAUACAUUAAGGACUAAACUACCUGUCAACACAUGCUGGAGCAUUUCUGAACAGCUAUUUUUAGUAUCAGUAUUUAACACUUCACAACUUUACCUGCCUUAGUUUGUAGUGUUACGUGUCACUAUGUUGAAUCUUACAGCAGAUGUUUAGUGGAACAGAUUUUUUCCAUGAAUGCCUACAAAUUUUUGUAUAUGUGGUGUUCUUUUCAUGUUCUGGUCCUUUUUGCAGCAGACUAAGAUGGUUUAGCAGUUGCCCCCAUCAGCCAUUAAAGGGCUUCUUCACUCCAUUUUAAUGCUGUUGUUUCUAAUGCAGACUUGGUGGUGGUAAGCACUGGGCCCUAACCAAAGUUACAGAGCUUACUAAUAAUGACUGAACAGCAACAUUCCAUUUGAUUUGCUCUGAAGAUAAGUAAAAGAGUGGGUUCUUUGUAAGUUGGUAGUAAUAAACUGUAUGAGCUUUUCACACUUCUUUGGUCCAAAUGCUAUCAUGUAAUAGAAACUUUAAAAAAAAUAGUUUUUUGUCUCAUAAGAAUUGGUAAAAGAUGGUGAGGGUGUAAGAGGGUUGGGGUGUAAGAGGUCCCUAAAAUCUACUUAAAAAAAGCUUUCAAUUUAAUUACGUUUUCCAUGUCUGAGAUGGAAUAUCAUUUUUUUUAAUCUGCUUUCAUCAUUUUUUAACAAUUAUAAAAAAAGCAAUACAUAAUGGAUUGCCAUUUCCCCUCUCUCUCCACCCAGUCUUUGUCCAGUUAUAUGACUGGGGCUUCGAAUCAUAAUUUUUUUACUUGAAACAGUAUCAUAAAACAUGUGACUUACUAGCUUGCUUUAAUUUAAACUAGUAUGAAGAACAGCUUACGAUUUGUUUCAAAGCUGAGGAAGUUUGCAUCUGCAGGUGCGAACUGUAUAGGACGAAUUAAAAUCUUUUGAAUUUGGAAACAUCAUCAAAACUAUUUUCUUGCAUUAUUUUGCUGGUCUGCUUUAUAACCAUUUCUUAAGUGUUUUUUAGCAUUUACUGUAGUAAAUAGGUGGGAUAUGCAUUACCAGUAGAAAUAUCCUUUUAAAUGGCUUCACAUUGAGUUGUAAACAAUUCAAUAGGUUGUGCAAUUCAAUAGGUUAUUUUUUUCUGUCACCUUAAAAAAUUUCACAGCUUGUGGUGGUUUGUUCUUUACAGAUAAUAGAAAAAGUUAUUUGUAAUACAGGAAUGCAGGAAGCAAUCAUACUUAUAGGUUAACAUUUUAUUUCUAUAAUUAACAGUUAAUGCUUAGACCUUGACAUUUAUAGUGUGCAUGUUAGAAAAGCACAGUUUAGCUGUUUUAAAUCUUGCUGUAUAGAAUGUUUUACCAUCAGAGGUAAAUGGGCAUGUUUCUCACUCAUCUGGAAAUUGCAGUCACUAGAAACUUCUAUAUGCCUUUUAGUCUGGAUGUCAACCCUAAAACAGUUGUCCUCUAAGAUAAGAAGGGAGUAUUCAGAAAUAAAAAGAGAAAAAUUUACUAGUAGAUUUCACUUCAAGCUAAUUGCCAUCAGUGUUGUCAUAUUUGUAAGGUAAAUACACUUGAGAAACAAGCUUCAGCUGUGCUAGUAGCUAUUUAAGGGUUUAUGUGAAGCACACAUGCAGGUAUUAUUCUUCAGCAGAGUACAGGCCUGGCCAGGAAAUGGCUUGUGCAAGUCAUAUGAAUGUAAUUUGCAUAAUGGUAGAGGGGGUGUAAAAAAAAAAAUUGAAAGUGAAGGCUAGGUCUUGCGUAUACACACACACAUUUAGUAUGUCAGCUUCUUGACUUUUUUUUUUUUUUUUUUGGCUGUUGCCUAAUUUGUUUUGAUUUAUAGGAUAAAUGGAAGUUGAUUCGGAACAGGUCAUGUGGGCCAUUUCAAGGCAUGGCAAGGGAAAUGGGGGGAGGGGUUGUCAUUGAACAAUGACUGUGGUCAUUAGCAGUGAUCUAAAUAUACAACUACGAAAAUUUUACUAGGAAUUUUCCAUGGUUAAAUUUAUAUUUUAAAGUCAAUAGCAAAAUAGCUUGCUGAUUUUUCAGAACCUUAUUGUAGAUAAAAUUAUUACAGUGGAAAGAUAUAGUGAACAUUCAAAAGCAGCUGCAGCUUUGCCUUGUCAUCUUCCUCCUCUUAUCGUUUUUUCCGUUAUGUAAUGUAUCCACAAAGCUGGCAUCUUCAUUUCUUGACCCUUGCUGUACAUGUUGCCAGUUGUGCCUUUUCUCUCCCUCAAACUUCAGCCUGCAAAGGGAUAGGUGGUGAUGGUGUGUUGAUCACAAUGUAGACCUAACUGCAGGGUAGAAAGCGAUCAUGUUGAUCCAGCUGGAGGCUUAACACUACAGGCUACAAGCUUCAUUCAAGUUGUGUGGGCAGUAGGAAGUGAGGGAGCAAGGACCAGGUGGAGUUGUGUUCAGGGCUUUGUUUCUUCCUGCAAGAGCACAUUGCAAACAGCAGCAAGUAGCAUUCUAAUGCUGUUGAAAAUUUUGCUAUCAAUUUCUUUGCUUAAAUAACUGCUGCGCUAGUGUACUACCAGGCUUGAAACAUACCUUUAACCCUUUAUGUUGCCAACUUGGUCUUGCCAAAAAUAUGUAGGUGGAGGAAGGUCAGGUAAUGAGGUAUUCUGUACAUCAUGGAAGCAUGAAAUUGUGGCUGCUAUAACCUGAAUGUUACCAGUGAAAAUAAUCAUUGCCUUGAAAUGGCCCAUUCGCUGGAGUGAGCACUUGUGUAUGCAUGCCCUAUAGUGUUGAUAAACUACAGGUACGCCAGCUACACUUAGUUUGUACAUAAAGCUAUUGGAUGUGGAGGUUAUUCCAACAUGGCAUUUAUAUUGAUGCAAUUAUAUGGAGUGGCGCUUGGAGUGGGGAUUAGAAUAAUGUUCCAGUGUGCCAGACCUCAGUGGUGUGGUACUGCAUCCCAGUUUAACCUGUGAUUUGUGCAGUUUUUAUGUUUGAGUAACCUCCACUUAACUGCAUUGCUUAUUUUGCAGUAAAAUGAAUUAAGCAUUCAUUGCAUCUUUUCCUCUGACAAUGCCUGGCUGCUGUGCGUUUGUCGCACAGCCAUUGACUCUAUACCUGUUCUCAUAAAUAAUAAAAUGGUGAAAAUAA